AUGCAUCCUACCUUCAAAUCGUUGGAGAAGGAACAACUGAAGGCGAUAGAGGGACGAAUAACAGGCAUAAUCCCAUCAUGGCUGCAAGGCAGUUUUUACCGAAACGGCCCAGGAAAAUACGAAGUCGGGGACACGAAAUAUAACCACCUGUUCGACGGGCUGGCUCUCCUGCACAAGUACUCCAUUCGUGACGGAAAUGUUACCUACCAGAACAAGUUUCUGAAGAGUGACACCUACAAAAGGAACAUGGAGGCCAAUAGAAUUGUCGUGGCGGGGUUAGGCACGGUUGCCCAUCCUGAUCCGUGCAAGACGUUGUUUCAGAGGUUUUUGACAUAUUUUACAUUCAACGAUGACGUGGUAAACGACAAUUGCAACGUUAACAUUUACCCGGUGGGGGACCAGCUGUUUGCCUGUACGGAAACUCAUUGGUUGAGGAGAAUCGACCCGGAGACGCUGGAGACUCCUGGGAGGGUAAAUAUUUCCCAAAUCGUGGCCACCAACAACGCCACUGCCCACCCCCACUACGACAGAGACGGCAGUGUUUACAAUAUAGGAACCUGCUUCAGGGGAAGACCAAAGUUAACGGUGGUACGAUGGAAGCCAGACCCUCAAGGUUUGUACACUGUCAAAGUAUUGCUUUGGAAGACACAUCAAAUCCAAAAUGCAGAGUUGGUGACAACCAUAGAGAAUCCGUACUACGUGUCCUAUACUUAUUGCCACAGCUUCGGCCUCACGGAGAAUUACAUCGUGGUCAUAGAGCAACCGUUGUUCAUUAACAUCCUCUCCAUCCUGACGUCUAAGAUACGGGGAGUGCCCUUCUCUGAUUGUUUUCAUUGGGACAAGAAUUGCAAGUCUGUGUUCCACAUCAUCAACAAGAAGACAGGAGAGACAAUUAACCCUGGUUACAACUAUGUUGGGGACCCACUUCUUGUCUUCCACCACAUCAAUGCUUAUGAGGAAAAUGGUAUGGGACACGUGGUUCUUGACAUAUGUUCGGGGGAAGAUGGUUCCAUUUUUCGAACCAUAACAAGAGAUAAUAUCGACAAACAGAGAUUUGGCGGGACUUCGGAAGUUCGACCAAGGCGAUUUGUGCUCCCUCUUAAUAUCAGUCAAGAUGUGGUUGGCGGUAACCUAGUUACACUUUCUGAUACAACAUCCACAGCCACCCUGUUGUCUAGCAACGAGAUAUAUUGCAAGGAAGAACUUCUUGGAGACUUGUGCUCAGAAUUCCCCACAGUAAACUAUGACCAAAUGAAUGGUGUGAAAUACCGGUACAUGUACAGUGUAACUUUCAGCGACACUGGGGAGUUUGGUCAUGGGUUGGUAAAGACAGAUGUUCAAACAAAGACCACCCAGGAGUGGACAGAGGAAGGUUGCUGCUUUACAGAACCCUGGUUUGUGCCUUCACCAAAUAGUGACGGAGAAGAUGAUGGUGUUAUUUUAUCGGCCGUCCACAAUGCCCAGAUGAAAACAUACCUGCUUGUCUUGGACGCCAAAACCUUCACUGAGCUGGGACGAGCAGAGUUUGAUGUGGCGCCACCUACAGGUUUUCAUGGACGUUUUCUUGACAGUGACAUGAUUCGUGGUUUGGAAAAAGAGUGA